UCCUGACAGAUGUCACAAUCCUGAAUCGAAACUCAACCCCAACACAAGUGAAUAGAAACCAACGACUAUUAAACAUUAACUUUCCUGCUGGACAAAUUGAUCUCAUUCCCAGGUGGAACCAAAGCCUGUGCACAGUGAAGAAGAGAAUUAUGGCUUUGUAUCAAGUACGUCCCGGCGAUCUGGACACAUACAUUUACAAAUAUCUCCAACCUGAUGAAAGGUUUUUGAAACAAGUGGCUGAGACCAUUGACAAGAUUUGUACAUUCUUAAAGGAACAAUGUCCCUACAAAAUCAGUAAAGCUGUGAAGGGUGGAUCCCUUGGAAAAGGAACAGCUGUAAAAAAUGGCUCUGAUGCAGAUUUGGUUGUCUUUCUCAACAACUUCAAGAGUUUUGAAGACCAAACGGGAAACCGGACUGAAAUUUUGACAGACAUUCGUGGUCUGUUGUUGAAAUAUGAGAAAAACAUUGGACAUCAGAUCAAAAUGACACCGCCCAAAACAAAUCCUCGCUCCCUCAACUUCCAGUUUAAAUCCACAAGAUCGUCUGAUUUUGUUGAGGUCGAUGUUCUCCCUGCAUUUGAUGCCUUAGGUCAAGUAACAAGGACUCGUACUCAAGUCUAUGAAGCUCUCAUUGCAGCUGGAGAAAGUGGGGGGGAAUUCUCGCCAAGUUUCACCGAACUUCAGAGGGACUUUGUAAAAGAACGUCCUACUAAACUUAAAAGCCUUAUCCGACUUGUGAAGUAUUGGUAUACUGAGCAUGUCCAACGUCCAUAUAAACCCCAACUGAGAAGCGAUAAGGAUUUGCCACCGAAGUAUGCUCUGGAGCUGCUGACCAUCUAUGCAUGGGAGAGCGCUGAGAAGGGAGUAGAUUUCAGCACCGCGGAAGGAUUUCGCACCGUUCUGGAACUGAUUGUCCAGUACAAACACCUUUGCAUCUUUUGGACCACAAACUACAGCUUUAACUCUUCCCGCAUUGCCACAUUUCUGAAAAACAAACUUAAAGAACCAAAGCCAAUGAUCCUUGACCCCGCAGAUCCAACAGGUAAUGUUGCUGCAGCAGCGAGAUGGGAUCUAGUGGCAGCAGCGGCCAAGUGCUGUUUGCAGCAGAUCUGUGUGAAAGAUGUCAAAACCUGGAAUGUUAAGGUAAAAUAUUUGUUUUGUCAGGUUGGAGGCCAGUGACGAGUGGGGUGCCACAGGGAACUGUGUUGGGUCCACUGUUGUUUGUCAUGUACAUCAAUGAUCUGGAUGAUGGUGUGGUAAAUUGGAUUAGUAAGUAU